AUGGACACCAGCUGGGGGAAUGUAUUAGAGCUCUCAUGGUUAUUUAUGAAGAUUCUUUCAUGGAAUGCUAGAGGGUUGGGGAGGAAGGAGAAAAGAGGCAAAGUUAAGAAGCUCCUGAAGGAGAGGAAUAUAGAUAUUGUGUUGCUCCAAGAAACUAAAAAGGCUGAAUUAACAGAGGAUGAAGUUAGAUCUGUGUGGGGCCGAGACAAAAUGGAGUUUAUGGUGGUGGAUGCUGUAGGCUCGGCUGGGGGAUUACUGUGCAUAUGGGACCCAGAUGUCUUCCAACUAACAGAAUGUUGUAGCAAUAGAAGAUUCAUCUUAUUAUCAGGUACCAUCUUUAACCAAUUUAAUUGUGCUAUUUUAAAUAUUUAUGCCCCUAAUGAUGUCGGAUCAAGAGGGCAUCUGUGGGACUGUCUAUUGAAAUUAAAGGAGGAAUUCCCAAAUCCUUGGUGCUUAGGAGGAGACUUCAAUGAGAUUAGGCAGAUUGCGGAUAGGAGAGGAUGCUCUAGGAGAGAUAGGGGCAUGAAAGAAUUUAACGAGUUCAUUGAUAAGUGUGAGGUCUCUGAUUUACCACUACUUGGGAGGAGAUUCACUUGGUGUAACUCAUUUGGGGGGGAAAAAUGGAGCAAAAUUGAUCGAAUUUUUGUAGAUCCUAGAUGGCUUGAGAUAUUUAACCUGAAACUAUGGGGUUUACCAAGACUGGUCUCUGAUCACUGCCCUCUUCUUAUGAUGGAGGAUGAGAGGGACUGGGGUCCAAAGCCCUUUAGGGUCCUGAACGCUUGGUUUUUGCAUAAAAAUUUUCGAAGCUUCUGGGAGUCAAAGUGGAAGGAGUCUAGGGUUGAUGGUUGGGCUGGGUUUAUUCUUAUUCAGAAGUUGAAGAUCUUGAAAAAUGGCCUGAGAAGCUGGAAUGUGGAGGUUUUUGGUAAUAUUGUAAACAAAUUGAAGACUGUAGAGGGUGAACUUCACAAAAUUGAUCUACUGGCUGAGGCUAGAGACCUUGAUGAUGAUGAAAAAGGCAGGAGACGUGAAAUUAGAGCUGAAAUGUGGAGUUUGAGCAGGAUGGUGGAGUGGCUAUGGCUGCAAAAGUCUAGGCUUAACUGGGCGAUGAAAGGGGACAAGAAUACAAGGUUCUUCCAUGUGGUCACAAAGUGCAGAACAAUAAGAAAUGAAUUACAUUCCAUUACAGAAGGGGACGUGGUGUAUGAAGAGCCGAGCCAAGUGAAGAACAAGGUGAUGGAAUACUUUAAAAACCAGUAUACGAAACUCUGGCCAGACAGACCUGAAUUGGGGGGUCAUUUCCCAUCAGCAGAUGGUAGUGUGAGGUUUGAUCUACUAGAAACAGAGUUUUCAGAAGCAGAGAUUAAACUAGUAGUGAUGGAGUGUGAUGGUAAUAUAGCACCCGGACCUGAUGGCUUUAAUAUGUUGUGUUUUUAG